ACUUGCCGCCAAUGAGACGAUGAUGAUUGCCGGACUCGCACUCGCACUUGUUGUUGGAGAUACUUUUGUAAACAUGGAUGUGCAACUCGAUCAUUAGCCCAAAUGUCGGCGACACGGAAAAAGGGCCGGCGGAUCCAACUGCGUAUAAGAUUAGACGUAAGAGAUAUAAGAAAAUGGGAGCAGCUCAAGGAAAUAGCUGGUAUCUCUCACAAUGGCGAAUUCUUAGAGCAUCUAAUCGAAAACCACGAUGUUUUUUGCCGUGGCUGCGAUAACCUCAAAGACAGACAUACCGGAGCUAAAAGAUCUAAAAAUGAUAGUACAACUAGAACCGACGACCUAGAACUGGAUCGUGAAACUCAUGUUCCAGAUAAAGAUGUUGGACCAAGCACUGUGAUACCAAUUGAGACCAACAAAGAACUGUGCAACACAAAUACAGUUGUAGAAAAGGUGGCCAUUCCAACUGGGAUCUACAAGUCUAUUGCUCCGGCAUUGACGCCCACAGAUAUUGUAAUUCUGUGUCCAGAUGGUGGAAAUGUUGUUGCUCACGUGGACGAGACACAGUUCCAAAACUCAACAACUUCAAGUGACAGUGUUAAUGUUAGCACAACAUCUGAACACAAUAUAGGGCAAGAGCUCUCUGCUGUAGUAAUGAAGGCAGCCACUCCUAUACAGAAAUCUAGUGGUGCACCAUUGCUAGCCACAGCUGUGUUGCCUCAGUAUUUAGAUGCAGGCAUAGUAGCUACUUGUGUGCACGAGACACAGUUGCAGAACUCAACAGUUUCAAGUGACAGUGUUGAUGUUAGCACAAUGACAUCUGAUCACAAUUAUUGUGACAGUAUAGUGAAAAAAGAGCUGUCGAUGGCGGUAAUGGAGGCAGCCACUCCUCUUGGGACAUGUAGUGAUGCAUCAUUGCCAGCUACAAAGGUUGUGCACGAGACACGGUUGCAGAACAUGACAACUUCAAGUGCCAGCGUUGAUAUUAGCACUGUUACAUCUGAACAUGUUGCAACGAAGAAUAAGCUUUCUGUGCUGGUUAUCUCAAAACCUUAUGCCAGUGGUGGUCCGGUUUUGCUAGACAAAGGGCACGUUGGACCAUUGCCUGUCAGCUCACAAGCAGUGCAUACUGUUACUUCUUCAAGUAAACCUAGAGCUCACAAAGAUCAACAUAAGACACCUUCAGCCCUAAAUCAACUGCACUGUGAGAUCUGCAGCAAGGCUGAGGUGGAGUGUGUACUGGAGUGUGAACACAUGUAUGCAAAUAAAACUAUUGAUAGAGAUCGUAGUGUUGGUUGUGAUGAGACUUUGCCAGCUGACAAGCAGAUUGCAACUGCAUCUCUUAGUGUACAAGCAGAGCCUGCAGUUCCCGUCCAUGAUCACAAAACGAAAAAGACGCGUAAAAGAAAAGCUACAGAACCCGAAAUAGUGACAAUGAUACAUUGUAAUAUAUGUGGCAGAGAAUGCAUGGAACAUAAAAUGGCUAAACACAAGAAGAAAUGCAACGGUUGUAUUAGGAGAGUAUGCGACAAGUGUGGAAGAUUCUUCUAUACUAUUACCAAGUUUCAAAGUCACAAACAACAUUGCCACGAGAAAAAAGAUUCCAAAUACCCAUGCCCGGUGUGUAAUGCACUAUUCUCAAAUAAAUACUCUGUGAAAUACCACAUUAACAAUAUUCACGAAGCAAAAAAGCACUUGUGUAAAGUGGAGGGAUGUGGGAAAGCAUUCAGCCUAAAAAAGCGCUUAGAGAAACACAUUAAAAGACAUGAUAAAAAUCGCGCGCGUAACUUCAGUUGUCCGUACCCUGGCUGCAGCAAAGCAUUCUAUCAGGGCAGGCACCUCGAUGUGCACAUGUUGAGGCACACCGACGCGCUGCCCCUAGAGUGUGAGUUCUGUGAUUACGCGUGUAGGCAGAGGAACUCCAUGAACUGGCACUUAAGGUCCCGUCACCCAGGUAAGCACAGCACCUCUAAAGCCUCGCCUAACAAGUGUAACAAGCGAGUCGCUGUGUAGCAUGCACCAGAACACAUGCGGGACUAUAAUUAGUAUUGCCAUUUUUUGGUCUCGUACCACAUAUUGCAGUCAUGGAUUUUCAUUCAAUCUACGUGAUUGAAUAUGUAGCCUAUGACAUGUAUGCAGCCAUUACACAGUGUAAAAUCAUUUAAUGUUCAACUCAUAUUUACAGUCUAUAGGAAAAAAUGCCAUCGUCAAGAAAAUUUCAUAAAUUUAUUCCAUCCAUCAGAUUUUUUCUUCAUGUGGAAAACCCGUUGAGUAGGUGUGUUUGUAUUUGAAUUAUAUUCAUUAAAGAUUUGAUAAUAAUAAUAAUAGUAAUAUA